CCGGCCUUCCUCUUACACGAGAAACAGAGCAAUGGAGAUUGAAAGGAAGAGUUUUCCUUCCCUUCUUCUCGUCUUUCUCCUCUCUCUUCUUCUGCAAAGACCCACCUUUGCUGAUAAAAAGUCUUAUAUUGUCUACUUUGGAGGUCAUUCUCACAGCUCAGAGGAGGCUUCUUUGCUCCAAGACCGUGUUGUAGAUUCCCAUUACGAGAUUCUUGGCUCGGUUUUGGGAAGCAAGGAAAAGGCCCAAGAUGCCAUCUUUUACUCGUAUACAAGAAGCAUUAACGGCUUUGCUGCUAAUCUCGACGAAGAAGAAGCAAGGGAGAUCUCAAAGCAUCCUGGAGUCAUAUCAGUGUUUCCAAACAGAGGUCAUAAACUACAUACAACCCGUUCAUGGGAUUUCAUGGGUCUUGAGAGGGAUGGUGUCGUUCCAGAGAGCUCCAUCUGGACGAAAGCGAGGUUCGGCGAAGAUGUCAUCAUUGGGAACCUCGACACAGGUGUGUGGCCAGAAUCAGAGAGCUUCAAGGAUGAUGACAUGGGGCCCAUUCCAUCAAAUUGGAAAGGGACCUGUCAGAAUGAGACAGAUAAGCAGUUUCGUUGCAACAGGAAGCUGAUAGGCGCGAGGUACUUCAAUAAGGGGUAUCAGUCACUAGUGGGUCCGCUUAGUCCGGAGCUGAACUCUCCUCGGGACAACGAAGGCCAUGGCACCCACACCCUCUCCACAGCUGCCGGCCGGAUUGUGCCGGGCGCCACCCUCUUCGGCUACAGCACCGGCAUGGCCAAGGGCGGCGCGCCCAACGCUCGUGUUGCUGCCUAUAAGGUUUGCUGGCCGCCAGUCGACGGAAGCGAGUGCUUCGAUGCUGAUAUCUUGGCUGCCUUCGAUGCAGCAAUCCAUGAUGGGGUGCAUGUGCUCUCGGUGUCCCUCGGUGGAGAUCCUGUGGACUAUUUUUAUGAUGGGUUGGCCAUUGGAUCGUUUCAUGCUGUGAAGAAUGGGCUCACCGUGGUGUGCUCCGCCGGCAACUCCGGACCUUUUUUGGGCACGGUAUCGAACGUCGCACCAUGGAUCUUGACGGUUGGGGCAAGCACCAUAGACAGGGAGUUCCCUUCCUAUGUUCAGCUUAGAAACAGGAAGCAAAUGAAGGGACAAAGUCUUUCUCCUGUGGGCCUUCAACAGAACUUCCAUCCCUUGAUUAGCUCUAAAGAAGCCAAAGCCACCAAUAUGUCAUCUGAGGACGCCACUCAAUGCCUUCUGGGAUCUCUAGAACCAGCAAAGGUGAGAGGAAAGGUAGUGGUAUGCCUUCGUGGGAACAAUGGACGAGUUGAGAAGGGAGAGGCGGUUCGGCAGGCUGGUGGAGUGGGAAUGAUCCUUGCCAAUGAUGAAAGCACUGGGAAUGAAAUCAUUGCAGACGCUCAUGUUCUUCCUGCCACCCAUAUCUCCUAUUCUGAUGGUGUCGCUUUGCUGUCCUACAUCAACUCGACCAAGUCACCACUUGGUUAUAUUACAACCCCAAAAACAAUGCUUGAUACGUACCCAGCACCUUUCAUGGCUGCUUUCUCAUCCCGGGGACCGAAUACCAUCAACCCUGAGAUACUAAAGCCUGAUAUCACUGCCCCAGGGGUUAGCAUCAUCGCAGCCUACACUGGAGCAUCAGGACCAACUGGUUUACCCUUCGAUUCACGCCGUGUUCUCUUUAACUCUGAGUCUGGAACCUCCAUGUCCUGUCCUCAUGUUUCUGGCAUUGCUGGCCUUCUCAAAGCCCUUCAUCCUGAUUGGAGUCCUUCAGCAAUCAAGUCAGCAAUCGUGACUUCUGCUAGAACUCAAGAUAAUACGCUGGAGCCGAUGAGCAAUUCAUCCUUUGUGAAGGCCGAUCCGUUUAGCUAUGGCUCUGGUCAUGUCCGACCGAACCGUGCCAUGGAUCCUGGCCUUGUCUAUGAUCUAACUACAAAUGACUACUUGAACUUCCUGUGCUCCCUUGGCUACAACUCCACGCAAAACGCUUUAUUCAAUGUGGAACCUUACUUGUGCCCUUCAAGACCUCUAAAUAUUGGAGACUUGAAUUACCCCUCAAUCUCUAUACCUUAUCUCUCAGGUGCUGUCAGUGUAAUUCGAACAGUCAAGAAUGUCGGAACACCAGGUACAUACAGAGUUCGUGUGAUUGAACCAGCAGGGAUUUCAGUUUCAGUGAAGCCAACAAGCCUUAAAUUUAUGAAAGUUGGUGAAGAGAAGAAGUUUAAGGUGACUCUGAAGGCUAAAAGCCGUGAUGCGGCUGGAGACUAUGCUUUUGGAAAAUUGAUAUGGUCAGAUGGGAUGCAUUAUGUCAGAAGCCCCAUUGUGGUUAAGGCAGGAGGAUGGAGUCAUUAACAAACAUAAUUAGAUUUUUGGAAAAGAUUGCAUAAGGAGAGAAUAAUUUGAUUUGUUAGUUGACUUUGCUAGGAUCGAUGAAGAAUGGGGUAAAUUCAUCAUUUCACAAUGACUAAAAAAUCACAAUGAUUAAAUUCUUAAAGAUAAAUAAGUCUUAUUGUUCUUUCAUUCUUUAUUUGCAAUAGUGUCUACACGUAUCUGAUAUUUCCUACUUUUGG